CUGCCCGAGCCCCCAGGCCCGGCCCGCGCUGAGCCCGGGAAGUGCUGGCUGUUGAGUGAUGAGAAACUUUUGCUGGUACAGAAGCACUAUGAGAACAGUCUUUUCUUCUGCUUGGGCAGUUUGCCUGCAUUGGUAACGACUGCCCUUCCCUUGACCAGUGGGGAAGUUGUACAGGACACUGGAAGACACGAAUCAUCUCGGAAGUGGUUGACCCUGGCAGGAUGUGUCGACAAUGAUGAUGGCAAGGAAGCAAGAUGUCCGCAUUCCCACCUACAAUAUCAGUGUGGUGGGAUUGUCGGGGACAGAGAAGGAGAAGGGACAGUGUGGUAUUGGGAAGUCUUGCCUGUGCAAUCGUUUUGUUCGCCCCAGUGCUGAUGAAUUUCACUUGGACCAUACCUCUGUCCUCAGCACCAGUGACUUUGGUGGGAGAGUUGUCAACAAUGACCACUUCUUGUACUGGGGAGAAGUGGGGCGCUCCCUGGAGGACUGUGUGGAAUGUAAGAUUCACAUCGUGGAGCAGACUGAAUUUAUUGAUGACCAGACUUUCCAGCCUCACCGGAGCACCGCCUUGCAGCCUUACAUCAAGAGAGCUGCAGCUACCAAGCUUGCGUCAGCAGAGAAGCUCAUGUAUUUUUGCACUGACCAGCUGGGGCUGGAACAGGACUUUGAACAGAAACAAAUGCCAGAAGGAAAGCUGCUGAUCGAUGGCUUUCUUCUCUGCAUCGAUGUGAGCAGGGGCAUGAACAGGAACUUUGAUGAUCAGCUCAAGUUUGUUUCAAACCUUUACAAUCAACUCGCCAAGACAAAAAAGCCUAUAGUAGUGGUUCUGACAAAGUGUGACGAGGGUGUGGAGCGGUACAUUCGAGAUGCACAUACUUUUGCCUUAAGCAAAAAGAAUCUCCAGGUUGUGGAGACUUCAGCUCGAUCUAAUGUGAAUGUGGACCUGGCUUUCAGCACUUUAGUGCAGCUCAUUGAUAAAAGUCGGGGGAAGAUGAAAAUCAUCCCUUACUUUGAGGCUCUGAAGCAGCAGAGCCAACAGAUAGCAACUGCGAAAGACAAGUACGAGUGGCUGGUGAGCCGCAUCGUCAAGAGCCACAAUGAGAACUGGCCAGGCGUCAGCCGCAAGAUGCAGUCUUCCCCUGAGUACCAGGACUACGUCUACCUCGAGGGCACGCAGAAAGCCAAAAAGCUCUUCCUGCAGCACACGCACCGCCUCAAGCACGAGCACAUCGAGCGGCGCAGGAAGCUGUACCUUGCAGCUCUCCCGCUGGCUUUCGAAGCUCUCAUCCCCAACCUUGACGAGAUUGACCACUUGAGCUGCAUCAAGGCAGAAAAACUAUUGGAAACCAAGCCGGAAUUCCUAAAGUGGUUUGUUGUGCUUGAAGAAACACCUUGGGAUACCACCAGCCACAUUGAUAAUAUGGAAAAUGAACGGAUACCUUUUGAUCUAAUGGAGACUCUACCUGCCGAGCAGCUGUAUGAGGCCCAUUUAGAGAAGCUGAGGAAUGAGAGGAAAAGAGCUGAGAUGCGGAGGGCUUUCAAAGAAAACCUAGAGACGUCUCCUUUCAUAACUCCUGGGAAGCCUUGGGAAGAGGCUCGUAGUUUUAUCAUGAAUGAAGACUUUUACCUGUGGCUGGAAGAAUCUGUAUAUAUGGAUAUCUACAGCAAACACCAAAAACAGAUUAUAGACAAAGCUAAGGAAGAAUUUCAGGAACUACUCCUAGAAUAUUCUGAGUUGUUCUAUGAACUAGAACUUGAUGCUAAACCUAGUAAGGAAAAGAUGGGUGUCAUUCAGGAUGUACUGGGGGAAGAGCAGCGAUUUAAAGCGUUGCAGAAGUUGCAGGCAGAGCGGGAUGCUCUCAUUUUAAAGCACAUUCAUUUUGUGUACCACCCCACCAAGGAGACUUGUCCCAGCUGCCCCAUGUGUGUAGACUCCAAAAUUGAACACUUGGUGAGUUCUCGGUUCAUCCGACCUUCUGAUCGCAAUCAAAAAAACUCACUUUCUGACCCCAACAUAGAUCGGAUCAACCUGGUUAUUCUUGGCAAGGAUGGUCUUGCUAGAGAAUUGGCGAAUGAGAUCCGAGCUCUUUGUACAAAUGAUGACAAGUAUGUGAUAGAUGGCAAAAUGUAUGAACUUUCUCUGAGGCCAAUAGAAGGUAAUGUCCGACUUCCUGUAAAUUCUUUCCAGACGCCAACCUUUCAGCCCCAUGGUUGUCUCUGCCUUUACAAUUCAAAGGAGUCUCUCUCUUAUGUUGUAGAAAGUAUUGAAAAAAGUAGAGAGUCAACACUUGGCCGUAGAGACAAUCAUUUGGUUCAUCUUCCCCUGACGCUAAUCUUAGUGAACAAGCGAGGUGACACUAGUGGUGAAACGCUGCAUAGCUUAAUCCAGCAAGGCCAGCAGAUUGCCAGCAAGCUGCAGUGUGUCUUUCUGGAUCCAGCUUCUGCUGGCAUUGGUUAUGGGCGCAACAUCAAUGAGAAGCAAAUUAGCCAAGUUUUGAAAGGACUUUUGGACUCCAAGCGUAACUUAAAUCUUGUCAGUUCAACUGCUAGCAUCAAAGAUCUGGCUGAUAUUGAUCUGCGAAUUGUAAUGUGUCUGAUGUGUGGAGAUCCAUUUAAUACAGAUGACAUUCUUUUUCCUGUUCUCCAGUCCCAAACAUGUAAGCCUUCUCAGGGCGGCAGCACCAACUCGGUUUUACUUGAAUUACCAAUCCUAGGACCCCACAAAAAGCGCAUUGAAUUAUCGAUUCUUUCAUAUCAUUCCUCAUUUAGCAUUAGGAAAAGCCGAUUGGUUCAUGGGUACAUAGUUUUUUAUUCAGCCAAACGGAAGGCCUCCUUGGCUAUGUUACGUGCCUUUCUUUGUGAAGUGCAGGACAUCAUUCCCAUUCAGCUUGUAGCUCUCACUGACUGCACAACCGAUGUUCUGGACAAUGACUUAAGCCGGGAACAGUUGACUGAAGGGGAGGAGAUAGCUCAAGAAAUUGACGGAAGGUUCACAAACAUCCCUUGCAGCCAGCCUCAGCAUAAACUAGAGAUCUUUCAUCCAUUCUUCAAAGAUGUGGUCGAGAAGAAGAACAUCGUUGAGGCUACCCAUAUGUAUGAUAAUGUUGCCGAGGCCUGUAGUAAUACCGAGGAAGUCUUUAACUCCCCCCGCGCCGGCUCCCCUCUCUGCAACUCUAACCUUCCUGACUCUGAAGAAGACAUCGAACCCCCAUCCUAUAGCCUCUUCCGAGAAGAUGCGUCCUUGCCCUCCUUGUCCAAAGAUCAUUCUAAGCUUUCCAUGGAGCUGGAGGGGAAUGAUGGUCUGUCUUUCUUUAUGAGCAUUGAGAGUAAACUGAACAACAAAGUACCUCCACCAGUAAAACCAAAGCCCCCUGUCCAUUUUGAAAUAAAAGGGGAUCUGUCUUAUUUGGACCAAGGGCAUAAGGAUGCCCAGAGCAAGUCAGUGAGUUCUAGCAGCUGGCUCCCUGCCGAUGGGUUUGACCCUUCAGAUUACGCAGAGCCGAUGGACGCUGUGGUCAAGCCACGGAACGAGGAGGAAAAUAUCUACUCCGUGCCACAUGACAGCACCCAAGGCAAAAUCAUCACCAUCCGAAACAUCAACAAAGCCCAGUCCAAUGGGAGUGCCAAUGGCUCUGACAGCGAAAUGGACACCAGCUCUUUAGAGCGAGGGCGCAAAAUGUCUAUGGUGAGCAAACCUGUAUUGUACAGGACGCGGUGCACGCGCCUGGGGCGCUUUGCCAGCUACCGGACCAGCUUCAGUGUGGGGAGUGACGAUGAGCUAGGGCCCAUCCGGAAAAAAGAGGAGGACCAGGCCUCCCAGGGAUACAAAGGGGACAAUUCUGUGAUCCCUUAUGAAACAGACGAAGACCCAAGGAGACGGAACAUUCUGCGUAGUCUCCGAAGGAACACCAAGAAACCAAAGCCUAAACCCCGGCCAUCUAUCACGAAGACAACGUGGGAAAGUAACUAUUUUGGGGUGCCUUUAAACACCGUAGUAACUCCAGAGAAGCCUAUCCCCAUUUUUAUUGAGAGAUGCAUCGAGUACAUUGAAGCAACAGGGUUGAGUACUGAAGGCAUCUACAGAGUGAGCGGAAAUAAAUCUGAGAUGGAGAGCCUUCAGAGACAGUUUGAUCAAGACCACAACCUGGACCUGGCUGAAAAGGACUUCACCGUGAACACUGUGGCAGGUGCCAUGAAGAGCUUCUUUUCCGAGCUGCCAGACCCCCUGGUGCCCUACAGCAUGCAGAAUGACCUUGUGGAGGCCCACAAAAUCAACGACCGGGAACAGAAGUUACACGCUCUGAAGGAGGUGCUAAAAAAAUUCCCUAAGGAGAACCAUGAGGUCUUCAAAUACGUCAUCUCUCACCUAAACAAGGUCAGUCACAACAACAAGGUGAAUCUCAUGACAAGUGAAAACUUGUCCAUCUGCUUCUGGCCCACCUUGAUGAGACCGGACUUUAGCACCAUGGACGCCCUCACGGCCACACGGACCUAUCAGACAAUCAUUGAACUCUUCAUCCAGCAGUGCCCCUUCUUUUUCUACAAUCGGCCCAUUGGCGAACCUGCCGGGGCCACGCCCAGCUCCCCCUCCUCAGUUGCUCCCUCCAUCCCCUUCCUCACAUCCACACCCAUCAUGAGUCAGCCAUCCCCUCCCCAGUCGCCUCCUCCCACUCCCCAGUCCCCAAUGCAGCCGCCACUCCCACCCCAGCUUCAGGCGGAGCACACUCUGUGAAGAGCUGGCUGCUGGGGGACAGCGGAUCUGGGCUUCUCUCUGGGGUGGAGGAGAGUUGGGCAGUGGAGCAAAACCAAGGCCCAGCCUCCAGGGAGGAGGGGGCGAUUUCUCUCCUCUCCCCAUCUUGCCGAGCUCGGCCAGGAUGGCAGUGUGCUGGUCGGGAGCCAGUCAAGACACCUGUGCGGGGGGGCUGGACUGACCUUUGACAUCAUGCUGAUGCCCUUUCUUUGGCUCAGAGGGAACCCCCAGCAGUGGUCAGUGUUGAUCAGCUAUCAGCAGGCCAGUUCCUGGGGUGCUCAGCCUGACAACUUGUACAGAACUGUCUGGGCUUGUCCCUGGGCAAAGCCUGAGACCCCUGAGAACAACUUCCUUUUUACCCUUUUUUUCUCCCCCAACCCCACGUUCAUACCCCUACCGUAGGUAAGUGUGGUCUUGCUGGAAUCCCCGGGUUCUGACAGCGAGAACCCGGCCAGUCUGGACAAUGGGCAGGAAUCUUUGUGCCUGGGCAGAGAAAAAAGGCCACGCGAAUUUCUCUGACUUCACUGGUUCCCUCGUCUGUUGGCAGUAAACUGCCUUCGGAACAAAGAACACUGGAAAAAAAAAAUUUAAGAACACCUGGGAAAAAAAAGAGACCUCAACUUUUGGCUCUCCCCAGCUCUCCUGGGAGGCAAACAGGUGCACACUGGCAGAAGCAGGCCUGGAGUUAAGGGGCAGUUCCCUAGGAGCAUGGAGACUACGGGGGCUGUGUCCUCGGGCCCCAUGGCCCUGCCGCCUUUCCUGAGGACAUCUCAGCAACAAGCACUUAGCAGGAAGAGCCAAGGAGCCCUGCUGGACCUGAGCUGGACUUGUGCUUCCCUUUCCCUUGGGAGCAUUGCACGUGGUUCCCGAGACACAGUGUGUGUGUGUGCGCGCGCGCGUGUGCGAGCGUGUGAGUGUGUGUGGGUGUCCAGGGGAGGAGCCCCAGGCACACUGUGGUUCGGUUUUAAGUUUUUUUUGGUGGAAAGGUUUUCUUCGCAGGUGCUGGGUCAUUGCCCCAGUGGCCAAGACCCCAGUCUGGAGGCAGGGAAGGGUCCAUUUGGGCAGUGAGGCUUCUCUGACUUUCUAUCCCAGGACUAGUCCUUUGGACAUCACAAACACUACGCUAGAGAUGGGCUGCUUUUAGCUUGACUUCUGGAGUGUGGGGGUUUCCACUCCCCACCCAUUUCCCUGGAAGGUAGCACCAAGGUACCACGCUACCCCAUCUGGCUGCUGCCUCCUGCACCAUCCUCAACACUAAUGACCCUGAUGCCAGCCAGGGGACCUAGACACCCAAGCCUGCUAUGGGAAGGGUCUUGGGUCCAGCAAACCAGUCCAGGGGGUUGGGAUAGCAUGUAGCACACCUACCCUCCUCUUGAGCCUGUGUGGCCUUCCCAGGGUGCCUUGAGUGCGCUAGCCCUGUUUAAAAAAUACCUGCCCCCAGCCUCUCCCUAACCCCUUCUGGAGAGUAAAAGGAUGGAUGCCUGUUACACCCCCCCCCCCCCACCCUGCUAGGCUGCUAUGUGUAUCCAUCUGCCCCCACCCCUCUGUCUUUGGAUCUGGUCCCCACGGUCCCUCCAGCUGGCCUCUGGCAUCCCUUCUUCCCCAGCAGCGUCGAUGUGAACUGGGCAGUCUGGUACUGGCGAGGGGCAGAGCAGGGAAAGGGACAGCUGCCCAAUCCUUGUGUUCCUCUUUGCACUUUACGAAGCCAGGCUCUGUGGAGCCUCUAGAGCAGAUGGGGGUGGGGGGGAGAGGGGGCUUCCUCCCACAUGAAUUCAUCCCCUGGGUAAGCUGGAGUCUUCAUAAAUCAACGUUUAUUGAUCAACAAGCUGUAUUAACAUCCACCUGUGGCACAAGGGGCGUGGAAGCAGCAUAUCCUCGAGUUCUGUAGCCUUAUUUCUUAAGAAAAUGGAUGCAUCAGAUGUGCAUGUGCAUUCCUGUCAGUAGUGGAGGGCGGUGUUGUCUCUGGGAAGAACCUCAGCCUGCCUGUCUGCUGCACAGCAGGUGAAGGGCCCUGCUUUCCCUCAUCCCCUGCCCCUCUUCUAUGCCACUGUCCUGUGUUAUCUCUGUGCCUUCAUCCGCUGCUCCUGCAAAACCGAAGGUCACCGCAAUGGGCCAGCUUCUCUCUGGGCUUUGAGGAGGUGUGGCUGUCAGGGGGAGGGUGGAUGAGGAGGGGCAACCACCAGGAAGAGAGAGGGGCUGGGGCCUUUCCCUCCCCUCCCAGGGUGUUCCUGCCGGAGUCAGGGCAGUCUUCCUUCACCGCUCACCUCCAGCCCCGUCCAGUUCACAUUGUACCAUCCAUCAUCCCAAGAGGGUGACUGUCCACCUGAGAUCUGCCACCAGUCAGUCUCAGGAUUUUGCAGAUACAGUUUCCAUUGGUGCCACUUAACCUUCCACGGGUGGCCUGGGGAAUUGAGGUAAGACCAGUCAUCACCAUCCCAGUCGUCUGUCCUCCUUCAGACAAAUAGAGCCACGCUCUUUGAUCUGACUCGAGGAGGGAUUCGUUCCCAGCAUCUCUCUGAAGUGGAGGUGGGGGCAGAGAAGGCAAGGCUAGGCAGCCUGCCCCCAGAGCCUCAAGCAACAUCCCCUUCCCUCUGACUCCAUGUCUGGGCAGCAUCAACCUCCUUUGGGAAAGAAUCCAAACAAUACUGACCCAAGUGGACCUGGGACUAAAUCUUAGAACUAAAAACCAUUUGCCCCGACACAAGGGAGUGGCUUUGGAGAACUGUAAAAAGACGAGCCGGUGCCUAGGUUUUCCCCCUAGCCGGAUGGCGGCGAGUUUUUUUUUUUUUUGUUUGUUUCCCUUGUCCUCAGAGAAGGACCCUGGCAACCAAGGCCCCAGGCUGGGUAGAGUGGCCUGCCACCAGGGAAGAUGGAGGAUUGGGGGCCAGUGUAAGGCCUCCCAUCUGGCCAGGGAAGUCAGCCACACCUCUGAACUUCCUGUGGCUUGUAGUCCCCUGGCUGUCCCUGCCAUGCCUAACCCUCCCAGUGGCUGGGGCAGACCAUGCCAAGCAUGAUCACUCUCCUCUUACACAUAAGGAAAUAAGUCUUGGAGGAGUCAAGGGACUUUCCCAAGGUCCAACAACUUCCUGGUGAUAGACCCAGGGCUAGAACCCUGGUCUGACUCGUCAGUGCUUUUUUUCACUACCUAGAAUCAUAGACUAUUAGAGCUGGAAGGUACCUUAGAGACUGUCUAGUCCAACUCUCCUUUUACAAAUAGGGAAACUGAGGCUCAGUGGGGCUACAGGGCUUGCCCAGGUCAUGCACGUGUGGCAUCUAACAUCCAGCAGUGGAUUCAGUGACCCAGGAAGGACCCAUGAUGACCCAACCUCCUCCCCCCACCCCCCCCCCCCCCCCCCCCCCCCCACACACACCUUGUAUUCCCUGUGGGAGUUUGGCUUAGGUGACUUAAUGGUCACUUUGCUAUUAUCACAUGUUGGCAUGGUUCUUAUUAACUAACUAGGUGGAUUGUACACUUUUCCCUUCCCUCAGAUUUUGGGCUUGGUCAUCCAGGCCCUUGCUGCCUGUCUUUCAUGGAGGCCAAAAUGGAGGUGAUUUUGUUCUUGGGAAGCCGACCGUAGGAUCAUGAACUUAGAAGGAGCCUUCGAGGCCAUUUAGCCUAAAUUUCUCACUGUCCAUAAGGAUUCUAGGGCCAGGGGUCUCUUCAUCAGCGUUUGCAAGCUUUUCAUUGCUCAUAUAUUCUUUAAACAGAGAUGGGCACUUCCCAAAAUGUAAUUCCAGAAUCCUCUUCAAAAUCAUGUCCAAAAAGAUUGCCUUUUGAAUUGUUUUGUGAAAAAGGAUGAAGGAGGGAGGAGAUAGAUGUUGUUCUGCCUCUUGGUGGUUGAGGGUCUUCCCUUCUGGUGCCUCUUACCAUUAUUUUCUCGAGCUGAAGCCAUCUUUUCUUUGUCCUCAUCCCCCAUUUUUAGUCACAAACGUGCUGCCUGUAGCCCAAAGGUCCCAGGUGUGAUCACUGCCCCCUGGUCCAUGCCCCUGUUGCCACUCCCCCUCCCCUCAUAUUGGGCAAAGAUGUUUCCCAUUCAAUGUAGUCAAGACGGCCUAAGUUAUUGUUUUCCGUAAAGAAAAGAAAAUCUUCAAACUUCCCUGUGUACAUUUAAAAAAAAAAAUCUGUCACAAGAUUGUAUGGGAAUAAAACUUGUUUGAACCUUUGGAAUAGUGCUGCCGCCAACUUAUUUUUCUGGUACUAGUAUUUUUCACAUGUUAAAUGAUCUUUAUAUGUGUCGAAUUAACACAUUUUGAGUUUUCGCAAGAAAACACAAGCAUACUAAAUGGUAUUAAAAUGUGUUAGUCGAGGUGUGUGCCCAGAAUUCAAUGUCUCAGCAAACAUGGAGAACUGUAUGUAAAGAAAAGUAUCCCGGUUAUUUCUUUGUAUUGUUAGGGAUGUUACCCAGUACAACCCUUAGUUAGUGGUGUUAGGAAUGUUUGCUGCUCCCUACCCCCAAAGAAAUUUUUUACACCAUGUUUUUUUCAGACCUCAAAGCAAUUAGUGCAUGGUCAGCUAUAAAUGCUUUGCAACUGAGA